CAACAAGCAGUUCCAUCGACAUAACUACGCUAUACGUCAAAAUGGAGAGCCCACAUGAGCAUCAGCAAGCCCUGCUGCUUUCUCGCAUUAUUGGCAACAUUGAAAAAUUGAACGAGUCAAUCAUGGUCAUGAACAGAAGCCUCCAGGAGGUCAAUAUCCAGAACAUGAACGUCGAGCUCGUCGCGCAAAUGUUCAAGAAUUACCAGUCGAAUGUUCUAUUCCACUUGGAAGCGACGGAGAAUUUGAAGGAUCCAUCAACAUCUUCCAGUAAUUGAUACUCUAUGAUAGUUUUAACGAGGACAUGAUAUUUUAGUACAAAUGCUUCCAUUCACCAAG